AUGUCAUGCGAGUCUUGUAAUAAACAUAAGAGAGCUAAUAUUAAAGAACCUUUACUACCACCUGAGAUCACAGAACGUCCUUAUUGUAAAUUAGGUGUUGAUUUUGCUGAAGUUACAGGUCAAACAUAUCUUAUGGUAACAGACUACUAUUCGAAGUGGUUUGAACCAAUUAAAGUAAACUUUAAAAAUGCAGGCAUAGUUAUUAAAGAACUGAAGAAACUAUUUUCUAGAUAUGGGAUACCUAAUGAGAUUAUAUCCGAUAAUGUACCAUUUAAUUCUUUAGAGUUCAAAACGUUUUGCUUGGAUAAUGAUAUUAAAUGUUCUUUUAUAAGCCCAAAAUAUAGUCAAAGUAAUGGGAUGGUAGAAAAAUCGGUGGGGAUUUUUAAAAAAAUGUUUAAAAAAAUUAAUUAUGAUGAGAAUAAGUUAUGGUAUAGCUUACUGGAAUACAGAAACAGUCCACUUGAAGGCGUUAAAUUAUCACCAGCUCAAUUGUUACUCAAUCGUAGAUUAAAAACUAAUAUACCAGUUAGUGCAGAUUUAUUGGAAGCUGAGAUUUUUGAUAGAAAAAAAAUAUUGAAUCAAUUAGUGUUGAAUAAGGAAAGACAAGAGAAUCAAUAUAAUAAAAAUGCCAGAUAA